AUGUCCAACGCAGUCGGAACAGAUGGCUUUGUCGCUUGCAGAGCUGGCGAACCAGGGCCUGGCGGUGGAGAUUAUGGAAUACUGGAAGCUGAUCAUGAAAGUGCAAUUGAAGGCGAUGAGUGCGUGAGAAGAGCAAGGCAAACAUAUUCGACAGGCACAUCUCGAGGGUCGAGAUCAAGCGAGACUAUCAUGCGUCAAACCGCGACAGCCGCAAACGCUGUCGAGGUGCAAGGGCUGGCGCCGAGACAUAGCUAUGACCCCGUCUUCCAAGAUGUGACUGACCCUGGCGACCGCUGCUCGGAGGUGUGUAUGCCCCUCUCUGUCUUCCUCGCCAUGCUCCUGAAGGAAGAAUCCAGGCCACUGCACGUCCAUCAUAUGUCGUGCCACCAUCUCAACAAUCGCUGA